AUGAGUUUACUCACAUUGCGCCCUUUGUUGUCUAUCCUCUUCUUCAUCUUUAUCAUUGCCGCAGACCCAACACUUCACCGCAUAGAUAGACGCGGAUCAAUCAGUGUGCUGAAUUCCACUUCCUUUUCUUCCCCUAGCAAAGCUCAGUUCAUAUCAGGAGACAUAGACUUUGAUGCUCCAAAGCUCGAUUUGGUCAACCAAACUGUCUAUGACUGGUGGUAUUUUGAUGCUGUGUCAGACGAUAGAAACACAUCCCUUACCGUCUGCUUUUUCACCAGCUCUUCUGUGGCGUUUCCAUUCCUGGUGCCUAAUAAAGGAAUUCUACCAAUAUAUAUAUGGGCUUCCUUUCCCAAUGGAACUGUGUCAACGCGUAUCGUACAUGCCCGGGGAGCGGUUAUUGAAACCUCUCGAGAUGGAUACGCUGGUAUCUACCAUCCCAUACAGAUGGGAUGGCAGGGCUCUGCUGACCUUGCACGGUACCACAUAUCUUUCAAUGAUACGACUCAUGGAAUUAGAGGCAAAUUUGACAUCAGAUCUGUAGCGCCACCACAUUAUCCAUGCGGCCGUGCAGCUCGGAAGGUGGGUAUGCAAAUUUGUCCACAUGUCGGGUGGGCCAACGCUGUGCCCGAUGGCAAUGCAUCGGUUGAUAUGGAAAUUGCGGGAUCGAGGCUCCAGUUUCAUGGUUCUGCAUAUCAUGAUAAGAACUGGGGUGACGCGCCGUUUGCAACAACAGCAAAGACAUGGUACUGGGGGCGGACUCGCAUCGGGUCAUACUCGGUUGUCUGGUUCUACGUGCUUACUCCUCAACAAACGGAACAUGUUAGUGCUUACAUUGCUAAGGAUGGGAAAAUUAGGCAUACUGCAUGCGCCGGAGCAUCCAUCAUACCCAUGCGAAGCACAAUUCCCCGUUCCACAACGGAUACCUUGCCGAUUGGAUUCCGUAUCGAAUUCUACGCCACUGGCGGAAAAGUUUCAUUAGUUAAUAUAACCGUUCAUAACGGCCUGGUAAUCGCUUCGGCUGGGCCAUCGUAUACACGGUGGAUUGGAAAUUCGACUGGAUGUGUGAUGGGAGACUGCGGGCUACACGGGCUUGGGACGCUUGAACAGUUCCAGCUGUGA